CUUUUGCAAGAUGCAUUUUGUCAACUUGUACAGCCUUUUGUCCAUCUUGUUCGUAUCGAUAAGCAUCAUUGAAGCAAACGUUCUUCCCGUUCAAAAUGCAAGGGCUUUAGAACUGCUGGAUAGACGUUCUCCUAGCGAUUAUGCUCCAAAAAGGGCUCAAUGUCCUUCUAAUACACUUGCGCGAUCUUCAAAAUUAGGUAUCAAUCCAGAUGAAAAAGCAUACGUUUCUGCUCGUCAACCAAACGCUCAAACAGCAUUCAGUCAAUGGAUUAAUUCAUUAAAUGCGGGAUUUGGAAAUGUUGAUUCAAGUACAACACCUGUGCUCUCUUUGGCUUCUUCAGGAGGUGGUUUUAGAGCCAUGUUGACCGGAGCAGGUGUUCAUCAAGCAUUGGAUUCAAGAGAGCAAAAUGCAUCCAAAUUGAAGGGUUUGUAUCAAUCACUCAUCUAUGAAUCCGGUCUUUCAGGUGGUUCUUGGCUGCUGGGCUCAAUCAUGGGUAACAAUUGGCAAACAAUCACUCAAAUAAAGGAAGAAGUUUGGUACAGAACAUUACCCGGAACCCCCUUGUUACCCGAUCAGAGUAAGUUCCUUUUCAGCUACGCAGACGUUCUUGCGGCUAUUACGGCAAAGAAGGUCUCCGGAUACGAUCCCACCUUGAUUGAUGUAUAUGGACGUCUAUUGGGAUAUUCUCUCUUGGAACAAAGUGAAGGAGGAAUCAAGCAAACUCUGUCUUCUAUCACCUCGCAAUCCAAUUAUGCAAACCAUAACUACCCUUUCCCUAUUGUCACUACCGUUCAGUCUCAAGCAGCUCAACAAUGCAGCGAUGAUGAAAUCGGUGCAACACAAUUCGAAUAUUCACCGCUCGAAUUUGGCAGUUGGGAUUCCGCAAUUGCAAGUUUCAUUCCGACAAAUUAUACUGGAAGCAUUGUUGGUAACGAUGGCGUGCCAAGUUGUAUUACCGGAUUUGACAACCUGGGCUUCAUAAUGGGAGCAUCAUCGGACAUCUUUCCAGAAUUCUGUGCAUCUGUACCGAAAAAGGAAGCCAGUGAUGCACAAAAGGUGUACAACUUUACCCAAUCAGUCUUGCAUCAAAUACAAAAGCCUACGUUCCGGGAUGUGUAUGCUGCUUUCCCUGACAGUUUUGAUAAGCAAGCCCUUUCUGCUUCUGCUUAUCCGCCCGAAAGAAGAUUGUUCCCCGAUAAACCAACGGAAUUGUACAUGAUGGACGGAGGUUUUAGCGGACAAGUGAACCCGAUUUGGCCAUUCUUGCAUCGUCAGAUUGAUGUGUUAUUCGUUGAAGAUAGCAGUUCUGAUACUCAGUAUAAUUUCCCUAAUGGAAGUUCGAUUUAUGAAACAUACACUCAAGCACAAGCAAAAGGACUUUCACGUAUGCCCACAAUUCCUACACCAGCUGAAUUUGUGCAAAAAGGAUACAACACACGACCUACAUUCUUUGGAUGUGAUCAAGGCUCAGAUGUGAUGACGAUCGUAUACUUGCCAAACAAUGCCUAUGUUUAUCCAAGUAAUACGUCCACAUACAAACUUUCUUAUACGAAACCUGAAAUCGAUGGUAUGUUGGCCAACGGACAAGCAGUUGCAACGUAUAAUGGUACGGCUGGAUAUGAUACAUGUGUUGCUUGUGUUACAUUGAAGAAGACAUCUGCUAGUUUACCAAGUGCUUGCUCUAAAUGUUUCACUGAUUAUUGUGCGUAAAGCAUCUUUUAUGUAGCUGGUUUUAAUCGUAAUGCAAUCAUUUGAAGUUUA